UCCCCCAUAGAGGUGAGGGAGCUGACUAUCAGGAACGCCCCCCCCAACACCACUGAAGCAAUCUCAGACUAAGCACCACAGCGGGUGCUCUGGACUGAGAACUUCCCCCACAAAUGAUACCCACAGGGGACAUUGAGAAUGAGAGGUGGCACAGAAUCGCCCGGCAUUUGGGAGACUGAACGAUAACCCUAUGCAGAGUGCCCGGCCAGCCCCAGAGCUCGCCAGGGGGAGUCAGGAUGCCCAAGAGACUCUAUGGAGCUGCCAACCCUCCCACCCCUGGGGCUCCAAGCCUCCCCCUGCGCUCCCUCCCCUCCACGGCCAGCCUGUAGUGGCGACUGCUGCAGCCCUCCCUGGUUGCUUUAUUUAUUUAUUUUGCACCAACAGGGUUGCUGCAGACUCAUUCUCGCCCGGUUUAAAAAGAGAGAGAGGAAAAAAAAAAAAAAAAAAGGAGAAAUGCUUUCUGGCUCUUCUGUCUACCUCGGUCUUGGCAGCAGGCAGCCGCAGCAGCAAUAGCAGCGGCGGCCCGGCAGGCGGGCAGGCGGGGAGUGAGGUACACGGGGAGGUGCGGGCCGAGGGGCAGCUUGAAUGGGACGGGCCCCCAGCCCUGGACAGAUGCAGCGCCCAACUUGAUGCCACCCUCCGGCUUCUCUGGAGCAAAGAGGGCAUGGCUGUGGCCACAGCUCCAAAGCAAGCCUGGCCCCCAUGGCCCCCCGUCUUUUUCCUGCUCCUCCUGCCGGCGGUGGGGAGCAGCGGCACCUGCCCCGCUGUGUGUGACUGCACCUCCCACCCCCAGGCCGUGCUGUGUGCCCACCGGCGACUGGAGGCUGUCCCGGGGGGACUCCCACGAGACACCGAGUUCCUGGACCUGAGUGGGAACCGCCUGUGGGGGCUUCAGCAGGGAAUGCUGUCCCGCCUGGGCCAGCUCCGGGAACUGGACCUGAGCUACAACCAGCUCUCCACCCUGGAGCCGGGGGCCUUCCAUGGCCUGCACAGCCUGCUCACCCUGAGGCUGCAGGGCAACCGGCUGCGAAUCAUGGGGCCCGGGGUCUUCUCGGGCCUGUCUGCCCUCACACUGCUGGACCUUCGCCUCAACCAGAUCGUCCUCUUCCUUGACGGCGCUUUCAGGGAGCUAGGCAGCCUCCAGCAGCUGGAGGUUGGGGACAACCACCUGGUGUUUGUGGCUCCGGGAGCCUUUGCCGGGUUGGCCAAGCUGAGCACCCUCACCCUGGAGCGCUGCAACCUCAGCACUGUGCCUGGCCCAGCCCUGGCACGUCUCCCGGCACUGGGGGCCCUGAGGCUCCGAGAAUUGGACAUCGGGCGGCUGCCAGCGGGAGCACUGCGGGGGCUGGGGCAGCUAAGGGAGCUGGAGAUCCACCACUGGCCAUCUCUGGAGGCUCUGGAGCCAGGGAGCCUGGGCGGGCUCAAUCUCAGCAGCCUGGCCAUCACCCACUGCAAUCUGAGCUCGGUGCCCUUCCAAGCACUGCACCACCUGAGCUUCCUCAGGGUCUUGGAUCUUUCUCGGAACCCCAUCUCGGCCAUCCCAGCACGGAGGCUCAGUUCCCUGGUGCGGCUCCAGGAGCUCCGGCUGUCGGGUGCCUGCCUCACCUCCAUCGCGGCACACGCCUUCCACGGCUUGACAGCCUUCCACCUCCUGGAUGUGGCAGACAACGCCCUUCAGACACUGGAGGAAGCAGCCUUCCCUUCUCCAGACAAACUGGUCACCCUGAGGCUGUCAGGCAACCCCCUGACCUGUGACUGCCGCCUCCUCUGGCUGCUCCGGCUCCGCCGCCGCCUGGACUUUGGCUCUACCCCACCUGCCUGUGCUGGCCCCCAGCAUGUCCAGGGGAAAAGCCUGAGGGAGUUUUCAGACAUCCUACCUCCAGGGCACUUCACCUGCCGACCAGCCCUGAUCCGAAAAUCCGGGCCGCGCUGGGUCAUGGCUGAGGAGGGGGGGCAUGCUGUUUUCUCCUGCUCUGGAGAUGGGGACCCAGCCCCCACCAUCUCCUGGAUGAGGCCUCAGGGGGCUCGGCUGGGGAGGGCUGGGAGAGUGAGGGUCCUACAGGAUGGGACGCUGGAGAUCCGCUCUGUGCAGCUCCGGGAUAGAGGGGCCUAUGUCUGUGUGGUCAGCAACGUGGCAGGGAAUGACUCCCUGAGGACCUGGCUGGAAGUGAUCCAAGUUGAACCACUGAAUGGCACUCUCUCUGACCCCAACAUCACCUCACCAGGGAUCCCAGGGCCUUUCUUUUUGGACGGCAGAGGCAUAGCUAUGGUGCUGGCAGUUGGCUUCCUCCCAUUCCUCACUUCAGUGACCCUCUGCUUUGGCCUCAUUGCCCUCUGGAGCAAAGGCAAAGGCCGGGUCAAACAUCACAUGACCUUCGACUUUGUGGCACCUCGGACCUCUGGGGAUAAGAACUCUGGGGGUAACCGGGUCACUGCCAAGCUCUUCUGACCUUUCCUUCCACAGUGGGGCCUCAUCUAGGCCAGCUUCAGAUACCACAAUGGGAGAGAACCAAGGCUGCUCAGACUGGACGUUCAUCCCAAACGGCCCAGAUCUUCCCCACCUCCUGCCCACACCAUUCCAGCAACAGAUGCUGCCUCCUCAUAGCCUGCCUCUUCAGGCUUUUGCAGUUUAAGGGUAGCAUUGUCAUCUCUUCCCUGAGGGUCCCAGGAAACGGAAGGUGUAGAUCCUGUAGUCAGCCCAGCCCUACCCACACACCACAUACAAAGCAGGAACUAUAACCCUCCAGUCUGCUAAACUCGACUUCCUUCACACACACUUAUACAUACCCUUAAUAACCAAUACCAAUUGCCAACCGCAGCGAUAAGGCUACUUCAGGGUUGGAGCUGGAAAGUGCAACUGCUUCUUGGAGUCUGCUCCGUAUCCAGGUGGUGUCUCUCUCUCCCUCUUGCUGCUCUGUCCCCUCUCUAGGCACAAGGAACUAGGGCCAAUGACCGCAAGCUAAAGGGAAGAGGAUGUGACGGGGGAGUGGGGAAUGGGGGGUGGGCAGACUACAUGCUGGCACUGGGUCUGCAUGAGCCCCCACCCCCGCCAUGUCAUUAAAGCUGCUGUCCUAUCAUUAAACCUGCUAUCAAAAGGCCAUG